AUGGUAAAUCAGGCAGAAUCGGCAGAUGAACGAGCGUUGCGUCGGGAGCUGCAAGCAUUGGCAAAAAAGCGUGAGACGAUCAAUAGCACAAAACGUCGAGGCAGUGGAGAAGCGAGUAGAAAAGCAAUAGGUCGAGGAAGUGUAUUUGCAAGAUUGGGUGGGGAACCAACACGUACAGGCCGACAGGUUGUCCAUUUGAAGGUGAAUAAUACGCGAGGGAACGCUUCGUGGAGGUUGGGCAAACGUGAGAAUGAAGACGUUCGACAGAGAAGUCAUGCAAUGAAAAAGCAGAAACUGCACUCAGCAGUAGCCAGACCAGAUGGUGUUGAUCAUCCUGAUGGGGGUGUGGAGACCAGCAGAAAUGCUGUCGCCGUUACGUCACCAUCUGCUAAUAAUGCUCGUGCCCAGGAGCGGAAGCAACGUGCAGUAGCACCGUAUGCACAGAAGGAUGGUAUUGCACGCAGUCGACGGAUGUUUGGUGCACUGAUGGGGCAUCUGGGCAAAGCAAAGCGGCAAAUUGAAAAAGACACUGAUUUGUUCAAGCGCCAGGACACAAAGCAGCAUGAGGCGGAGCAGAGGGAGAAGGCGCAGAGCAAGAAUCUUGAGGAUCAAGCUCGUCUGGAGGCGAAAACAGCGCAACUCGAGGCGUUGAUUGUGCGCACUGAACUUGACCGGAGGGAGCAGAUCGUACGUGCUAAAUUGGAGCAUUUGCAGACGGUUCGAAAAAGCGAAAGCCAAUCAAAGUUUCUGGUCACUAUUGCGUCUCCACCUAUCUACUAUCUUCCCUCAAGGCACACGAAGGAGACACGGGAAUUAGUUGCUGCAUCCAUGGAGGCUCACGAAGCAAAGGUGAAAGCUAAAGAACGAAGCCACGAGGAAAAACUGCGAAAGCUGGAAGCCGAAUUUGAAACCAAAUUAGAGCAGCUUCGUGCAGAUCUGAAGGCAUUAAAGAAGAGCAAGGAGGAGGACAGCGCUGACGAGCAGGCAACUAGCGACAAAGAGAAUGAUAUAAUGGACGACAAAGACCGGGACAUCGACCGUUUUAACCGUGAAGACGAGAAGCAUCGACAAGAAAGCCCAAAUGAGCAGUGCGAUGGGCCUUUAGCUAUGGAAGCUGAAAAGAAGGAUACUGUUCAGGAAAGUGUGUCUGGUAGCGAACGAGAUGAUAGUAGUCGUACAGAAUCAAGGAUUACAGGUGGAGAGGACGGUAAGGCUUUGGUUCAACCAGAAAGUCAGAGCAUCGAUGGGAAUGAACCAUCUACUUCACCUCAGAAAAGUGUGGACGGUAUGGAUGGGGAUCACAGCGACAUGGAGGCUUCAUCUUCCAGUCGAGUGAACGAGAAGUUAGAGCUCGGAAAGGAGGACGUGAUGCCGAACAACCAACCUGCCAUGACUUGUGUCGAAAGAGAGCGUGAGGAAGAAGAGCUUGCAAGUCGCUCUGAUACUGCUACUGCAGUUGAUCGUCAUGAGAUUGGUGACUCCAUCGAGUCCAAAGAAGAUGCGGCCGUUGAUGUCGAUAAGAUGAAGGUGAUUGAGCUACGAGCGGAGCUAAAGGAGCGAGGACUUGAUGCCAAGGGUCUUAAAGCUAAACUUGUGCAGCGGCUGAAGCAGGCAAUGCAUGACGAAGACGAAUCAAAGUGA